GUUAUUAGAACAUUUAGAGAGAAAGGCAUUCCUUGUGAUGUGGUUUGGAUGGAUAUUGACUACAUGGAUGGUUUUAGAUGCUUCACAUUUGACAAUAACCAUUUCCCUGAUCCAAAAUCUAUGGUUGAUGAUCUACAUUCCAUCGGUUGUAAAUCAAUCUGGAUGCUUGACCCGGGAAUAAAGGAAGAGAAGGGUUACUUUGUGUAUGAAAGUGGUUCAGAAAAUGAUGUGUGGAUUAAAAAGGCAGAUGGUAGCCCAUUCAUUGGGGAAGUAUGGCCUGGUGACUGUGUUUUCCCGGAUUUCACCAGUGAAAGAAUCCGCACAUGGUGGGCUAGAUUAGUAAGGGAUUUCAUCUCCAACGGCGUUGAUGGAAUAUGGAAUGAUAUGAAUGAGCCUGCUAUGACAACUACUACUAAAACAAUGCCUGAGAGCAAUAUACAUAGAGGAGAUGCUGAUAUUGGUGGUGUCCAGAAUCAUUCUUACUAUCAUAAUGUUUAUGGAAUGCUGAUGGCAAGAUCUACUUAUGAAGGAAUGGUGAUGUCCAAUACAGAAAAGCGACCAUUCGUUCUUACACGAGCUGGUUUUAUAGGAAGCCAAAGAUAUGCUGCAACAUGGACUGGUGAUAAUCUCUCGAAUUGGGAGCAUUUGCACAUGAGUCUAUCAAUGGUUCUUCAGUUGGGUUUGAGUGGUCAGCCACUGUCGGGUCCUGAUAUUGGUGGGUUUGCUGGAAAUGCUACUCCAAGACUUUUUGGAAGAUGGAUGGGAGUGGGUGCGUUGUUUCCUUUCUCACGUGGCCAUUCUGAAGCUGGAACCGUCGAUCAUGAGCCAUGGUCCUUUGGUGAAGAGUGUGAGGAAGUUUGUCGUCUCGCGCUACUAAGACGGUAUCGGCUACUGCCACACAUCUACACUCUGUUUUAUGUUUCACAUAAGAAGGGUACUCCAGUUGCUGCGCCACUUUUCUUUGCUGACCCACAAGACACAGAACUGAGGAAAAUCGAGACUUCGUUUCUCCUGGGGCCACUUUUAGUUUGUGUAAGCACUUUACCUGAUAAAGGAGCUCAUGAAUGUGCACAUAAAUUACCAAAUGGCAUUUGGUUACCUUUUGAUUUUGGAGAUUCCCACCCCGAUCUCCCGGUGUUGUAUUUAAGAGGUGGAGCAAUACUUCCUGUAGGCCUUCCUAUUCAGCAUGUUGGCGAAGCAAGUUUAGAGGACAAUUUAUCACUACUUGUUGCACUGGAUGAAAAUGGUAAAGCUGAAGGUGUCUUGUUCGAGGAUGCCGGGGAUGGAUACGGGUUCACACAGGGAGACUAUCUGCUGACAUAUUAUGUCGCCGAAGUCCACUCAUCUGUGGUUUCUGUGAAAGUUCUGAAAACCGAAGGAUCCUGGAAGAGACCAAACCGUAACUUAAACAUAAGUAUUUUGCUUGGUGGAGGUGCUAUGAUAAGUUCACGUGGUGUGGAUGGCGAAGAGGUACAUUGUACGAUGCCUUCUGAGUUUGAAGUGUCCAGUUUGGUUGCAACAAGUGAACUUGAUCUCAAGGAACGCUUAAAGACAAUUCGUCCUAUACCUGAUAUGGGUGAGCCAUCGGGGCAGGAAGGUGCUGAUCUCUCAAAAACACUUAUUAUUUUGAAGAGUGGGGACUGGUUUCUUAAGAUUGUACCAUGGAUUGGCGGCCGCAUUAUUUCGAUGACUCAUCUUCCUUCUGAUUCCCAGUGGUUGCAUAGCAGGAUUGAAAUCCAUGGUUAUGAGGAGUACAGUGGGACUGAAUAUAGGUCUGCUGGCUGCACAGAAGAGUACAAGAUGGUCAGGGGGCAUCUGGAGCAAUCAUGCGUGGAGGAAUCCAAAGUUUGCCUGGAAGGAGAUAUUGGGGGUGGACUGGUUCUUCAGCGCCACAUAUCUAUUCUGACGGACAAUCCCAAGAUUGUCCAGAUUGACUCUAGCAUUGAAGCAAGAAGUGUUGGGCCUGGCUCUGGUGGAUUCUCAAGGUUGGUCUGUUUGCGAGUCCGUCCCACCUUUACGCUUCUACACCCAACUGAGGUAGUUGUUGCUUUCACGGCCAUCGAUGGUUCAAAACAAGAGAUCUCUUUAGAUUCCGGAGAAGUGACACUGGAGGGAGGCCUCCGACCGAACGGGGAGUGGACGCUGGUGGACAAGUGUUCAGGGCUGAGCAUGGUAAACCGUUUCGAUCACCGUCAGGUUAGCAAAUGUUUGGUGCAUUGGGGAACUAGUGAUCUGAACAUGGAGCUCUGGUCUGAUGAGAGACCAGUUUCGAAAGACACGCCGUUGAGGAUCUGCCACCGGUAUGAGGUGACACAAACAUGAAACUCAUUCCUAGGUACUCCCUCCAAAGUAGUGAUCUAAACGCUCUUAUAUUUCUUUAGAGAGGGAGUAUAAUGUAACAAGUGCUUUUAAAACUUGUGUGUCCGCUUAUCGUGUUUAGUUCCCGAUGACUUGUAUGUAAAUAAUGUCAUGACUGCUACUGCACAUCUCUGGGAUUGUUGGCCUCAUUAUUAGUUAAGCCAUGGUCAGAAUCUCUCCGAGAUCUACGUUUUACAAAGUACAAACUCUGCUUUUCCUAUA